CGAGAGCAGUGAUCUCACCAAGCCCCUGCCCAGAAAAGCCGCAGAAAAAGGGGAGGGAGAAAGAGCCAGAGGCUGCCGCUGCAGUUUGGAGGAAACGCAGGGGAGGAGGACGCUGCCACCCACAGCCUCCAGAGCUCAUUGCAGCUGGGACAGCCCGGAGUGGGGUUAGUCAGCAGCUCGGCAAGCGCUGCCCAGGCCCUGGGGUGGUGGCAGCCAGCGGGAGCAGGAAAGGAAGCAUGUUCCCAGGCUGUCCACGAGUCUGGGUCCUGGUGGUCUUGGGCACCAGCUGGGUAGGCUGGGGAAGCCAAGGGACAGAAGCAGCACACCUAAGGCAGUUCUACGUGGCUGCUCAGGGCAUCAGUUGGAGCUACCGACCUGAGCCCACAAAUGCAAGUUUGAAUCAUUCUGCAACUUCCUUCAAGAAAAUUGUCUACAGAGAGUAUGAACCAUAUUUUAAGAAAGAAAAACCACGAUCUAGCAUUUCAGGACUUCUUGGGCCUACUUUAUAUGCUGAAGUCGGAGACAUCAUAAAAGUUCACUUUAAGAAUAAGGCAGAUAAGCCCUUAAGCAUCCACCCUCAAGGAAUUAAGUACAGUAAAUUAUCAGAAGGUGCUUCUUACCUUGACCACACAUUCCCUGUGGAGAAGAUGGAUGAUGCUGUGGCUCCAGGCCAAGAAUACACCUAUGAAUGGAGUAUCAGCGAGGACAGUGGGCCCACUCAAGAUGACCCUCCCUGCCUCACACACAUCUAUUACUCCCAUGAAAAUCUGAUCGAGGAUUUCAACUCUGGGCUGGUUGGACCUCUGCUCAUCUGUAAAGAAGGGACCCUAACUGAAGAUGGGACACAGAAGAUGUUUGACAAGCAACUUGUGCUACUGUUUGCUGUGUUUGAUGAAAGCAAGAGCUGGAGCCAGUCAUCAUCCCUAAUGUACACAGUCAAUGGAUAUGCGAAUGGAACAAUGCCAGAUAUAACGGUUUGUGCCUAUGAACACAUCAGCUGGCAUCUUCUUGGAAUGAGCUCAGGGCCAGAAUUGUUCUCCAUUCAUUUCAACGGCCAGGUUCUGGAGCAGAACCAUCAUAAGGUCUCAGCCAUCACCCUUGUCAGUGCUACAUCCACUACCGCAAAUAUGACUGUGAGCCCAGAGGGAAAGUGGAUCAUAUCUUCUCUCACCCCAAAACAUUUGCAAGCUGGGAUGCAGGCUUACAUUGACAUUAAAAACUGCCCAAAGAAAACCAGGAGACUUAAAAAAAUAACUCGUGAGCAGAGGCGGCACAUUAAGAGGUGGGAAUACUUCAUUGCUGCAGAGGAAAUCAUUUGGGACUACGCGCCUGUAAUACCAGCAAACAUGGACAAAAAAUACAGGUCUCUGCAUUUGGAUAAUUUCUCAAACCGAAUUGGAAAACAUUAUAAGAAAGUUAUUUACACACAGUAUGAAGAUGAGUCCUUCACCAAACAUAUAGAGAAUCCCCAUAUGAAAGAAGAUGGGAUUUUGGGUCCUAUUAUCAGAGCCCAGGUCAGAGACACACUCAAAAUCGUGUUCAGAAAUAUGGCCAGCCGCCCCUAUAGCAUUUAUCCUCAUGGAGUGACCUUCUCGCCUUAUGAAGAUGAAGUCAACUCUUCCUUCACCUCAGGCAGUAACACCAUGAUCAGAGCAGUUCAACCAGGGGAAACCUAUACUUAUAAGUGGAACAUCUUAGAGUUAGAUGAACCCACGGAAAAUGAUGCCCAGUGCUUAACAAGACCAUACUAUAGUAAUGUGGACAUGAUGAGAGACAUUGCCUCUGGGCUAAUAGGACUACUUCUAAUCUGUAAGACCAGAUCCCUGGACAAGCGAGGAAUACAGAGGGCAGCAGACAUCGAACAGAGGGCUGUGUUUGCUGUAUUUGAUGAGAACAAAAGCUGGUACCUUGAGGACAACAUCAACAAGUUUUGUGAAAAUCCUGAUGAGGUGAAACGUGAUGACCCCAACUUUUACGAAUCAAAUGUCAUGAGCACUAUCAAUGGCUAUGUGCCGGAGAGCAUACCUACUCUUGGAUUCUGCUUUGAUGACACUGUCCAGUGGCACUUCUGUAGUGUGGGGACCCAGAAUGACAUUUUGACCAUCCACUUCACUGGGCACUCGUUCAUCUAUGGAAAGAGGCACGAGGACACCUUGACCCUCUUCCCCAUGCGCGGAGAAUCUGUGACGGUCACAAUGGAUAAUGUUGGAACUUGGAUAUUAACUACCAUGAAUUCCAGUCCAAGAAGCAAAAAGCUGAGGCUGAAAUUUAGGGAUGUUAAAUGUAUUCGAGAUGAUUAUGAAGACUCAUAUGAGAUUUAUGAACCUCAAGAAUCUUCGGUCAUAGCUACACGGAAAAUGCACGAUCCUUCAGAAAAUGAAGAUGAAGAGAGUGAUGCUGACUAUGAUUACCAGAAUAGACUGGCUUCAGCAUUAGGAAUUAGAUCACUGAGAAAUUCAUCACUGAAUCAGAAAGAAGAAGAGUUCAAUCUUACUGCCCUAGCUCUGGAGAAUAACAGUGAAUUUAUUUCUCCAAACACAGAUGUAACUGUUGGUUCAAAUUAUUCUUCCCCAAUGAAGAUUAGUAAGCUCACUGUCAAUAACCUUGCAGAACCUCAGAAAACCCCUUCUCACCAACAAGCCACUAUAGCUGGUUCCCCACAGAGACACCUCAUUGGCAAGAACUCAGUUUUCCAUUCUUCCACAGCAGAGCAUUCCAGCCCUUAUUCUGAAAACCCUAUAGAGGAUCCUCUAGAGUCAGAUGUCACAGGGAUACAUCUACUUUCACUUGGUGCAGGAGAAUUCAGAAGUCAAGAACAUCCUAAACAUAAGGAACCCAAGGUAAAAAGAGACCAAGCAGCAAAGCACAGGUUCUCCUGGAUGAAAUCACCAGCAGAUAAAAUUGGGAGGCAUCUAAGCCAAUACAAUGGUUCUUCCAGAAUGAGGCCCCGGAAGGACCUUCCUAGUGAUCUGUUACUCUUAAAACAAAAGAACCCAUCUAAGAUUCUGGUUGGGAAAUGGCAUUUGGCUUCUGAGAAAGGUAGUUAUGAAGUAAUCCAAGAUACUGAUGAAGACACAGCUGUUAACAAUCAGCUGAUCAGCCCUCAGAAUGCCUCACAUGCCAGGGGAGAAAGCACCCCUCUUACCAACAAGCCUGGAAAGCCGAGUGGCCAGCCAGAGUUUUCUAGAGUUAGACAUAAAAUUCUACAAAUAAGACAGGAUGGAGGAAACAGUGGACUGAAGAAAAGCCAGUUUCUCAUUAAGACACGAAAAAAGAGAAAAGAGAAGCAUACACACCAUGCUCCUUUAUCUCCAAGGGCCUUUCACUCUCUAAGAAGUGAAGCCUACAACCCAUUUUCAGAAAGAAGAUUUAAUCAUUCCUUGUUGCUCCAUAAAUCCAAUAAAACAUCUUUUCCCAUAGACCUCAAUCAGACAUUGCCCUCUGUGGAUUUUGGCUGGAUACUCUCACUUCCUGACCAUAAUCAGAAUUCCUCAAAUGACACUGAUCAGACAAGUUCUCCUCCAGAUCUUUAUCAGUCAGUGCCCCCAGAGGAACACUAUGAAACAUUCCUUAUUCAAGACCUUGAUCAAAUGAACUCUACUUCAGACCCCAGUCACAGAUCCUCUUCUCCAGAGCUCAGUGAGAUAUUUGACUAUGACCAAAAUCACAAGUCCUUCCCCACUGAUAUCAGUCAAAUGUCCCCUUCCUCAGAACAUGAAGUCUGGCAGACAAUCACCUCUCCAGACCUCAGCCAGGUGACCCUCUCUCCAGAACUCAGUCAGACAAAUCUUUCCCCAGAACUGGGUCAGAUCCCUCUUUCUCCAGACAUCAGUCAGACGACUCUCUCACCAGAACUCAACCAGACAAACCUCUCUCCAGACCUCAGCCAGGUGACCCUCUCUCCAGAACUCAGUCAGACAAACCUUUCCCCAGAACUGGGUCAGAUCCCUCUUUCUCCAGACAUCAGUCAGACGACUCUCUCUCCAGAACUCAGCCAGACAAACCUCUCUCCAGACCUCAGCCAGGUGACCCUCUCUCCAGAACUCAGUCAUACAAACCUUUCCCCAGAAUUGGGUCAGAUCCCUCUUUCUCCAGACAUCAGUCAGACGACUCUCUCUCCAGAACUCAGCCAGACAAACCUCUCUCCAGACCUCAGCCAGGUGACCCUCUCUCCAGAACUCAGUCAGACAAACCUUUCCCCAGAACUGGGUCAGAUCCCUCUUUCUCCAGACAUCAGUCAGACGACUCUCUCUCCAGAACUCAGCCAGACAAACCUCUCUCCAGACCUCAGCCAGGUGACCCUCUCUCCAGAACUCAGUCAGACAAACCUUUCCCCAGAAUUGGGUCAGAUCCCUCUUUCUCCAGACAUCAGUCAGAUGACUCUCUCUCCAGAACUCAGCCAGACAAACCUCUCUCCAGACCUCAGCCAGGUGACCCUCUCUCCAGAACUCAGUCAGACAAACCUUUCCCCAGAAUUGGGUCAGAUCCCUCUUUCUCCAGACAUCAGUCAGACGACUCUCUCUCCAGAACUCAGCCAGACAAACCUCUCUCCAGACCUCAGCCAGGUGACCCUCUCUCCAGAACUCAGUCAAACAAACCUUUCCCCAGAAUUGGGUCAGAUCCCUCUUUCUCCAGGCAUCAGUCAGACGACCCUCUCUCCAGAACUCAGUCAAACAAACCUUUCCCCAGAAUUGGGUCAGAUCCCUCUUUCUCCAGGCAUCAGUCAGACGACCCUCUCUCCAGAACUCAGUCAGACAAACCUUUCCCCAGAAUUGGGUCAGAUCCCUCUUUCUCCAGGCAUCAGUCAGACGACUGUCUCUCCAGAACUCAGCCAAACAAACCUUUCCCCAGAACUGGGUCAGAUCCCUCUUUCUCCAGACAUCAGUCAGAUGACUAUCUCUCCAGAACUCAGCCAGACAAAUCUCUCUCCAGAACUCAGCCACACGACUGUCUCUCCAGAACUCAGUGAGACAAACCGCUCUCUAGACCUCAGCCACAUGAAUCUCUCUUCAGACCUCUCUCCAGAACUCAGUGAGAUGCCCCUCUUUGUAGAUCUCAGUCAAAUUCCCCUUUCCCCAGACCUCGACCAGAUGAUGCUUUCUCCAGACCUUGGUGAGACAGACCUUUCCCUAGACUUUGGUGAGGUAUCCCUUUCCCCAGACCUCACCCAGGUGACUCUCUCUCCAGACCUCAGUGAGACCAUCCUUCUCCCUGAUCUCAGGCAGAUAUCACCUCCUCCAGACCUCAGUCAGAUAUUCUACCCUUCUGAAUCUAGUCAGUCAUUGCUUAUUCCAGAAUUUAAUGAGACUUUUCCUUAUUCAGACCUUGGUCGCACGCCAUCUCCUUCAUCUCCUACUCUCAAUGAUACAUUUCUAUUGAAGGAAUUUAAUCCACUGGUUAUAGUUGGCCUCAGCAAAGAUGGUACAGAUUACAUUGAGAUUAUUCCAAGGGAAGAGGUCCAGAGCAGUGAAGAUGACUAUACUGAAACGGAUUAUGUGUCCUAUGAUGACCCCUACAAAACUGAUGUUAGGACAAACAUCAACGCCUCCAGAAAUCCUGACAACAUUGCAGCCUGGUACCUCCGCAGCAACAAUGGAAACAGAAGAAAUUAUUACAUUGCUGCUGAAGAAAUAUCCUGGGAUUAUUCAGAAUUUGUACAACGUGAAAGAGAUAUUGAAGACAUUGACAAUACUCCAGAAAACACCAUAUAUAAGAAAGUGGUUUUUCGAAAGUACCUUGACAGCAGUUUUACCAAACGUGAUCCUCAAGGGGAGUAUGAAGAGCAUCUUGGAAUUCUUGGUCCUAUUAUCAGAGCUGAAGUGGAUGAUGUUAUCCAAGUUCGUUUUAAAAAUUUAGCAUCCAGACCAUAUUCUCUACAUGCCCAUGGACUUUCCUAUGAAAAAUCAUCAGAGGGAAAGACUUAUGAAGAUGACUCUCCUGCAUGGUUUCAGGACGAUAAUGCUGUUCAGCCAAACAGCAGUUAUACCUAUGUAUGGCAUGCCACUGAGCGAUCGGGGCCAGAAAGUCCUGGCUCUGCCUGUCGGGCUUGGACUUACUACUCAGCUGUGAACCCAGAAAAAGAUAUUCACUCGGGCUUGAUAGGUCCCCUCCUAAUCUGCCAGAAAGGAAUACUUCAUAAGGAGAGCAACAUGCCUGUGGACAUGAGAGAAUUUGUCUUACUAUUUAUGAUCUUUGAUGAAAAGAAGAGCUGGUACUAUGAAAAGAAGUCCAGAAUGUCUUGGAGACUCACAGCCACAGAAGUGAAAAACUCCCAUGAGUUUCCUGCCAUUAAUGGGAGGAUCUACAGCUUGCCUGGUCUGAGAAUGUAUGAGCAAGAAUGGGUGAGGUUACACCUGCUGAACAUAGGCGGCUCUCAAGACAUUCACGUGGUUCACUUUCAUGGCCAGACCUUGCUGGAAAAUGGCAAUAAACAGCACCAGUUAGGGGUCUGGCCCCUUCUGCCCGGUUCAUUUAAAACUCUUGAAAUGAAGGCAUCAAAACCUGGCUGGUGGCUCCUAAACACAGAGGUUGGAGAAAACCAGAGAGCAGGGAUGCAAACACCAUUUCUUAUCAUGGACAGAGAAUGUAAGAUGCCAAUGGGACUAAGCACUGGUAUCAUAUCUGAUUCACAGAUCAAGGCUUCAGAGUUCCUGGGUUACUGGGAGCCCAGAUUAGCAAGAUUAAACAAUGGUGGAUCUUAUAACGCUUGGAGUACAGAAAAACUUGCAGCAGAAUUUGCCUCUAAACCUUGGAUCCAGGUGGACAUGCAAAAGGAAGUCUUAAUCACAGGGAUCCAGACCCAAGGUGCCAAACACUACCUGAAGUCCUGCUAUACCACAGAGUUCUAUGUAGCUUACAGUUCCAACCAGAUCAACUGGCAGAUCUUCAAAGGGAACAGCACAAGGAAUGUGAUGUAUUUCAAUGGCAAUUCAGAUGCUUCUACAAUAAAAGAGAAUCAGUUUGACCCACCUAUUGUGGCUAGAUAUAUUAGGAUCUCUCCAACUCGAGCCUAUAACAGACCUACCCUUCGACUGGAGCUGCAAGGUUGUGAGGUAAACGGAUGUUCUACACCACUGGGUAUGGAAAGUGGAAAGAUAGAAAACAAGCAAAUCACGGCUUCUUCAUUUAAAAAAUCUUGGUGGGGAGAUUACUGGGAACCCUUCCGUGCCCGUCUUAAUGCUCAGGGACGUGUGAAUGCCUGGCAAGCGAAGGCAAACAACAACAAACAGUGGUUACAAAUUGAUCUACUCAAAAUCAAGAAGAUAACUGCGAUUAUAACACAGGGAUGCAAGUCACUGUCCUCUGAAAUGUAUGUAAAGAGCUAUAGCAUCCACUACAGUGACCAGGGAGUGGAAUGGAAACCUUACAGACUGAAAUCCUCCAUGGUCGACAAGAUUUUUGAAGGAAAUACUAAUACCAAAGGACAUGUGAAGAACUUUUUCAACCCCCCAAUCAUUUCCAGGUUUAUCCGUGUCAUUCCUAAAACAUGGAAUCAAAGUAUUGCACUUCGCCUGGAACUCUUUGGCUGUGAUAUUUACUAGACUUGAAUGUUCAAAAACCCAGGAAGAGACUCUUUAAGACUUCAAACCAUUUAGAAUGGGCAAUGUAUUCUACACUGUUUUAAAUGUUAACAAUUUUCCAUUAUUUUUCUUUUUUUUCUAUUAGUGAAUAAAAUUUUAUACAAGAAGC